ACACUGGCCGUCAUCAUGGGCGUCUUCUCCGUCAUGGGGGUCGCCCUCAACAUAAUGGUGAUUGUUGUGACCGUGAGACACAAACAGCUGAGGCAGCCGCUCAGCUACGCUUUGGUCAAUCUGGCCGUGUGUGACCUGGGUUGUGCACUCUUUGGAGGGCUGCCCACUACGGUGACCACUGCCAUGAGACACACCAACUUUGGGCGCGUGGGAUGCGGGUUAGAGGGCUUUGCCGUGUCCUUUUUUGGAAUAGCAAGUCUGUGCACAAUAGGAGUCAUCUCAGUGGAGCGCUACAUGGUGGUCUGCUAUCCUAUGGGGGCUGUCCUCUUCCAAACCAGGCAUGCCAUCGCUGGAGUGGUGUUGUCGUGGGUGUGGUCCUUUGUGUGGAACACGCCGCCUCUGUUUGGUUGGGGCAGUUACGAGCCGGAGGGCAUCAAAACCUCCUGCGCCCCCAGUUGGAACAGCAGGGAUGCAGGCAACAUGUCCUACAUAAUGAUGUACUUCUCUCUCUGCUUUGCCUUGCCCUUCUCCAUCAUCAUGGUGUCCUACGCCCGCCUCUUGUGGACACUCAGGCGGGUAAGCAAGUUGCAGUUAUCCGAAGCCGCCAGCACACACCGCAUGGAGGCGCAGGUGACACGUAUGGUGGUUGCCAUGGUGUUGGCCUUCCUGGUGACCUGGCUGCCGUAUGCAAGCAUGGCUCUGGCUGUCAUCAUAGACUCCCAACUACAAAUUGACCCACUGACUGCAACCAUACCGGUUUACUUGGCUAAAAGCAGCACCAUCUACAACCCUAUUAUUUACGUUUUCAUGAACCGACAGUUCCGAAAAUAUGCCGUACCCACUAUCCUGUGUGGAUGGAACCCCUGGGCCUCAACAGUAGAACUAUCUGAAGGCGAGACAACCGCUGCUUCGGUGAACAGAAACCAAAAGGUGUUAGCCAAGGAAUGUCUAGGAGAAUAAAAACUCACCGUGCCUUCCUGUUUAACACACGCUGUGCAUAGGGUCUCGUUUAGCGUGAAGAAGCGCAUGUAAAAUGUCAUUUCAUGAAUGACAUUAGUUUGAAAUUUUGCCUAUUCCUAGCCCUUUCCUGUUCCUUCACUGAUAAGGGUACAACUCAUUGCAGAAAUGAUAGAAUCCCCAGACUUGGAGGAUGUUCAUUCUGUUGUUUAAUUGUGUAGAGAAAAAACAGAUAACGGAUAACAGACAUGACAGAAACUAAAAGAGAAGCAACGAGCAAUUUGCAGUCAUGUUGUUGUUAUGACAGAACAGUGGUUCUCAACCUUUUUUCAGUGAUGUACCCCCUGUGAACAUUUCUUUAAUUCAAGUACCCCCUAAUCAGAGCAAAGCAUUUUUGGUUGCAAAAAAUAGAUCAAUAAGUAAAAUACAGCACUAUGUCAUCAGUUUCUGAUUUAUUCAAUUGUAUAACAGUGCAAAAUAUUGCUCAUUUGUAGAUUGCAAAACACACUUUAACAACAAGAGUUUUGAUCUGAUUGGCUAUCGCAACUAUCAACUCUAUGUGUUCUCAAAUUGAUCCACUCACCGUCCUGAUGAAUAUCCAAAGACAGGACGCGUAAAUGUCACGUUCAACGUGAGGCCAUCUAGAAGGCCUUAUUGACAACAACGCGUGAUCUGAUUGGCUAUCACAACUGUCUAUCAACUGUAUGUCCCCGUUCACUUACAGUGCACGGACGCCUGCAUUGUUGAUUCUGAAGGCCCUAGGCAGAUUUGGUACAGCAUGGCAACAUAAGCUAGCUGAAUUCUGAUUGGAUACAAACUAAAAUGAAAAACAACAGCACAGGAACGUGCUUAAUAUGACGUGAAAAUAAUAUGAAUCCUUUUAAAUAUUUCGGGAAAGUGAAUUAAAAUAUAAUUUUAUCUUUAAUUAUGAUCACGAUUUCUGUUUACAUUAGGCCAGCAGAGAGAAGGCCUUGCUGGCCCUGACGUCUCACCACUGAUUUGCAGUAGUGUAGAACAAAUUCAUUGCAUCAUACCAAAGCACUUUCAGUUCUUGGUCAAAGCAAGGUUGGAGUUGCAGAUUAAGA